CCUGGUUCGGGGAGUGUGAGUAAAUUUGGGACCUGCGCGGGCGGCGCUUCGGCCUGGGUUCACGGAAGUUGGUGGUGAGGCUGAUGCUACUGCAGAUGCAGGGACUGUGUCUUACGCGCGUGCGUGACUGGUGCUUGGUCAGGUGGUGCCCUGAGGAUGCCCUGAGGCUGCCCAGGACCUCAACCCCCGGGCCUGGAGGAGAGCAUGGAAGAACAGGAUGAGAAGCCCCCAGAACCCCUGAAGGUCUGCGCACAGGAGUCUCUUCUUCCUCAGGAAGUAAUCAUCAAGGUCGAGAGAGAAGAUGCUGGGUCCUUGGCUCCCCCAGCCCAGGAAGGAGUGAACUUAAAAAUUGUGACUGUGGACUUCACUCAAGAGGAAGAGUGCAUUUUGAACUCUGCUCAGAGGACUGUGGACAGAGAUGUGAUCCUGGAUAACGACAGGGACCUGGUCUCUUGGGACUUGGCAACUGUGCUUGGAAAAAGAGACUACACAUCAAAGCAGAGCAUUUUUGAUAACAAACCAUCCCAUGAAGUGAAGAUGGAAAAGUUAACAAGAGAUGAUCCAUGGUUGUCUUCAUGUGAAGAAAUUUGGGAUUGUAAGGACCAUUUGGGGAAGCAACAGGAAAAACAAGAGAGGCUUUUGAAGGAAGUGGCAUUCACUCAAAGGAAAGCUAUUACUCAUGAAAUAGUCUGUAAGAGCGAUGAAAAUGAGGAGAAAAGUGGUCUGAAUUCCAGUCUUUCAAGCCAGAUGUUACCCAUAAAAAACCAUUUUCGUAAACAUGCCUCACAUUUUAAGAAAUUACACCUUAAUUCUGUUGUAAGCAGUCAUCAGAUGAUUAAUGAUAGUGAAAAACUCUAUGAAAACAAUGAGUGUGGAAACCACUCCCACAGCAUUCACCUUAUUCAGUUUACAAGAACUCAAACAGAAGAUAAAUCCUAUGAGUUUAGUGAUAGUAUUCAGUCUUUUAGUGAUAGUGAGCACUUAAGUAUGCAUGAGAAAAUACAUGCAAGAGGAAAGUCCUUUGAUUUUAAGGAAUGUGGACAAGUUUUGCAUCAUGGCCUAUGCCAUAAUGAACAAGAGAAAAUUCCUAUUGAAGAGAAUCAAUAUAAAUGUAAAUCUUCUCAGAGUUCAUCCCUUACUCAAAAUAUAAGAAAUCAUUCUGAAGAGAAGCCCUUUGAAUGUAAUCAGUGUGGGAAAUGCUUCAGCUGGAGCUCUCAUCUUGUUGCACAUCAGAGAACUCACACAGGGGAGAAACCUUAUGAAUGUAAUGAGUGUGGGAAGUCUUUCAGCCGGAGUUCUCACCUCGUUUCCCAUCAGAGAACUCAUACUGGGGAGAAACCAUACAGAUGUAAUCAGUGUGGGAAAUCCUUUAGCCAGAGUUAUGUCCUUGUUGUGCAUCAAAGAACUCAUACUGGGGAGAAACCUUAUGAAUGCAGUCAAUGUGGAAAGUCAUUCAGGCAGAGCUAUAAACUUAUUGCACAUCAAAGAACACAUACUGGAGAAAAGCCCUAUGAAUGCAAUCAGUGUGGAAAAUCAUUUAUCCAGAGCUAUAAACUUAUUGCACAUCAACGAAUACAUACUGGAGAAAAACCCUAUGAGUGCAAUCAAUGUGGAAAGUCCUUUAGUCAGAGUUAUAAACUUGUUGCCCAUCAAAGAACUCACACAGGAGAAAAACCCUUUGAAUGUAACCAGUGUGGAAAAUCUUUUAGCUGGAGCUCUCAGCUUGUUGCACAUCAAAGAACUCAUACUGGGGAGAAACCUUAUGAAUGUAAUGAGUGUGGGAAAUCUUUCAACCGCAGUUCUCACCUUGUUAUGCAUCAGAGGACCCAUACUGGAGAAAAACCCUACGAAUGUAAUCAAUGCGGGAAAUCCUUUAGCCAGAGUUAUGUUCUUGUUGUACAUCAGAGAACUCAUACUGGAGAAAAGCCCUAUGAAUGCAGUCAGUGUGGAAAAUCCUUCAGGCAGAGCUCAUGCCUUACUCAACAUCAGAGGACUCAUACUGGAGAGAAACCGUAUGAAUGUAAUCAGUGUGGAAAAACAUUCAGUUUGAGUGCUCGACUUAUUGUACAUCAAAGAACUCAUACUGGAGAGAAACCCUUCACAUGUAACCAGUGUGGGAAAGCUUUCAUUAACAGCUCUAAACUUAUUAGGCAUCAGGCAACACAUACUGAGGAGAAACCCUAUGACUGUAACUAGUUUGGAAAUCUUCACCCAGAGUAUAUUCCACUUUCUUUUGUAAGGGAGUAUAUCUGUUAGAAAGAAUUAGCAUAAAAAUUAUGUGGAAAGCUCUCAGUCCUCUGUUGUUUUGUGUCUGGAAAUUUAUCCUGAAGACACAAGGGAGAAACUGAAUCACAGCCUUAGCAAUUUCAUAUACAAAGUCAAACAUGGCCCGUGUGACAUGGUCCCACAAAAAUAGUAAAUGUGAGCACUUUUUCUUCCAGAAAACUGUCCAAUAUGAAUCUGAGAGAUUUACCUUUAAAUGGACAGUAUGCUAUGGAGUAAAGGCCGGUGAAGUAGACCUUUUUUUCCCCCAAUAAAGAGUAAAUGAGAAUGCUAACACUGCUAGACUUCUUGCUGGGAUUGGAAACUUGCUGAAGUUAUCAGAACUUAGAUUGGAAAACAGAAUUUCAAUGUAAGAUUUUAUGGCAUGAUUUCCCCAGUUAUUACUGUUUCAUAUGGCACUUUUUCUUGUGAUAAAACUCAUAAAUUUUGAGGAAAUGACUUUGACAUGAAGUUUAAAAUGCAGGACAAGAAUAUAGAACAUUCAUUUCUAGAAUUGUCAUGAUAUUCGUGUAUCAUGCCUUAGAAUUGAAAGGGAUUCUGGGUCUGUAUAUUUCAUUGUUACAGUUAUGCCUGGUUUUCUUUUUUGGGAUAUAUGAUAUUUUGAUAUAACAUAUAAUACAAGUAAAAAUUAGUCAAAAUCAAAAAAAGAAAUACAGAGAUUUCCAUCUCCUUUGUCUAACCACUUAAGAAAGAUUGCCAGAUAGCAAAGAUCCCUCAGGGUUUUGAGAUUUCUAUUUGGAUUCGAAUGAGCAGGUCACUCUUCAGACUUAGAUUCCCAGGGAUAUUCCUCACUGAAAAUAAAAGAUUUCUCUAGAAACGGGGAACUGGAAACUUCAACCAGAAAGGGUUUUCUGUGAGGGGUUGACAAUGCAUGGGCAGUGCAGAGGGCAAGGGAACUUUUCCCCGUAUUUUCAAACAAGCAUAAAGGAGUUCUAUUUUUAAGGUGCUUUUCCAUCCCCCUCUCAUGUAGUAUUGUCCUUUUAGGGAUAUAUCCCCUAAUGUGAGUGUCCUCUUAUUCUGGGAUGGCACUGCCCUGUCUAGAAAUUUGCAAGAAUGCUUUUUUAGUGAGGUAGGAUUUGUAGCUACUCAUUGCUUUUUACUUGUUUAUUUUCAUUUCUUUCAUAUUUGCUUAAAUGUCUUCCUGGUCUUUGUUCUUAAAUUAUAAAUUGUUAACAGUGUUACUUAAAAUUAUGUUGAGAGUUGAAUUCAGAGAGCAGAGAAUAGAGGUCAGUUUCCCUGAGCAAAGAGAUACUUAAUGUGGCACCCAUAGUUAAAUUCUCUCCCUGUGGAUGACCCUCAGUGGAGCCAUUUCUAGGAGGAUUAAGUCAGAGAGUGUAGCACACACAUGGCAGUGACUGAAAUUGUAUGGGGACUGUUAUGGAUAUUUGGAAAACUGGCUCCCCAUCCAAGAAAAUCUUUAACCCAUGAAUGCACAGAUAGAGGAACACCAGGGAUUCUUCAUACAAUGAUUUUUGAGGAGGACAGACAAUUGUGGGAAAUCUUAGUAUAGCAACAGGGCCUGAAUAAGCUUCCUCACCUCCCAGUUAUAGGUCAAAUCAAUGUCAGUGAUCUUCACUGAACAUGUCGAAAUCUUACUUUAAAGGCAAGGUGCCAUGGCUGUACAAAUGAGUAUGAAACUGGGCCUGCCUUGUGGUGCAAUAGGUUAGGUGUCAGCACUAUGAAGCUGCAGCAACUGCAGCAUGAGUUCAAACCCAGCCAGGGAGCUGGGCACAGCAGACCUCUCCUGUGUCACCUACUACUCCCCUCAGCAGUGUGUUUCAGUAGAUCUGUCUGUUCUGCUCCCCACUCUGUCUCUGGUGAAUCAUCUCUCUGGCCUGUACCCCAGUUCUUAUAUGCAUAAAUAAAUCUUAAAAAAAAUGAAUAUGGAACCAACUGGGCUAAGAAUUAGGGGCUCUAAAUAUUUCACUUUUGAAAAGUAACAUUGCAAAGUAACCUCUUCACUAAAUGUUGA